CAUUCUAUCCACAAAAGAACACUCCUCAAAAUGUCAUUCGUCAGCCACCCAAGAACCGAGAAAAUAACAAGGAAAGCAAAAUCCUCAGCCCCUGUAAACCUUCCCAGUUUGUUUGCUGAAUUUCUAUGACAUAAAGCAAUAACAUCGUCGAACUUUUAUGGGGUUUCUCAUCAUUCCCUGAAAAUCUGAGAACAAGUGCACAAUGAGUGCACUGUGUGUACACACCCAUGCCCUUAAGACAACAUACCCCUCAUCCAUUCAAGAUCACUCCUCUGAGCAUUCCAGUUCUUCCUAUGCCACCCUCUCUCUGAAUCCCAUUUCAAAGAGGAGCACAUUUCUCAGAGGUCAGUUUCAUAGUAAACACUUCCUCAGAUUCAAUCCGGCCCGUCGACCGAAGAAUUAUGCAGGCAAUGUGUUUUCGCCAAAGUGCGUGUUGCCACUGACGGAGGAGAACGUUGAGAAGGUGUUGGAUGAAGUAAGGCCAGGGCUGAUGGCUGAUGGGGGCAAUGUGGCUCUGCAUGAGAUUGAUGGUCUUGUUGUAGUACUAAAGCUCCAAGGUGCUUGUGGGUCGUGCCCAAGUUCAACGAUGACGCUCAAAAUGGGGAUUGAAACUCGUCUCCGGGAUAAGAUCCCUGAAAUUGAAGCAGUGGAGCAGAUUCUUGACACAGAAACCGGCCUUGAGUUGAAUGAAGAAAAUAUAGAGAAGGUUCUAUCUGAGAUUAGGCCUUACCUUUCCGGCACCGGUGGUGGAGAACUGGAGCUCGUUCAGAUUGACGACUAUGUCGUAAAAGUUAGACUUAGCGGACCUGCAGCAGGAGUGAUGACUGUCCGCGUAGCUCUCACGCAAAAGUUGAGAGAAAAGAUACCAGCCAUUGCAGCUGUUCAGUUGAUAGAGUGAAAUAUUUUGUAAGAGAACAAAUUACACUGAUUACUGGACUCAAUAUCUCCCAGAAAUUCUGAAAAUUCUUUGAAAAAA